AUUUCAAAUAUACGCCAAUAAUCAUGUUUAAUUCAUCAUGUUUAAUGCGUAAUUCUGGGGACAGUUCUUGUGGAAAGACGUUUAAAUAAGCUAAUAUUUGUUGAAUAUGAUUUACUUCUAUAGAGACGCAGAACAAACCACAUUGUCAAACAGGUAAAUAGCUAGCUAGCUUGUUAGCAUAACCAGUUUCACAGAAGCCGUAAAGUCCAAAAGCUUCUUGACUACAUUUUCUUUUUAGCCAGGGAUAAAGAUACAGCGUCGGGGUUCGGUUUUCGCCGGUUCACGUCGGGAUCUGCCCCAUCCCGUGAUUGGAGGACGGCAUGCCACGUGCACACGUCUCCUCUGUGUCCCAGCAGCACACUUGAUUACCUGUCAGGUCUCCCAUUGAGGCGCUUUAAGGAGAAAUCUCACUAAGGUUUCAACCCGAGUCACCUCCUGCAGAGUGAACGGAGGUCGUCCACAGACUUUAACUUUUUAAUGCAGUAAGUCGGGACUGCUUUGUAGCAACCACGAUGGCUUUGAGCUCGUUCGACAUCGACGCACCACGAUGGGAUCAGUCCACGUUCAUGGGUCGACUGAAACACUUCUUCAACAUCACAGACUGGAGAACGGUGGCCUUACCCGACUCACGAUUGGAUGAAGCCAAAGCUUUAGUAGAAAGCUGCAGGGCAGGAUCCAUCCCACCGGGCACCACUGAGGAGCAGCUCCACUACGCUAAGAAGCUGUACGACUCCGCCUUCCACCCAGACACCGGGGACCGCAUGAACCUCAUCGGCCGCAUGUCUUUCCAGGUGCCUGGGGGCAUGGCCAUCACCGGCUGCAUGCUGCAGUUCUACAGGACAGUUCCCGCUGUGGUGUUCUGGCAGUGGGUGAAUCAGUCCUUCAACGCUCUGGUCAACUACACGAACCGUAACGCUGCCUCCCCCAUCACUCCCAAGCAGAUUGGAAUCGCGUACGCCACAGCCACCAGCACGGCGUUAGCAACAGCAGUCGGACUCAACCUUUACACAAAGAAAGCUCCUCCUCUGGUGGCUCGCUGGGUCCCGUUUGCAGCGGUGGCAGCAGCUAACUGUGUUAACAUUCCUAUGAUGAGGCAACAGGAAAUUCUGAAUGGCAUCGCUGUUACGGAUGAAAAUGGCAACAAACUGGGCCACUCUAAGAAAGCGGCGGUGAAAGGAAUCACUCAGGUGGUCAUCUCUCGAGUCACCAUGGCUGCACCGGGGAUGAUCAUCCUCCCCAUCAUCAUGCAGAGGAUUGAAAAAUACAAGUUCAUGCAGAGAAUCACGUUUCUCCACGGACCGAUUCAAGUGAUGAUGGUGGGAGUGUUUUUGGUGUUCAUGGUGCCUGCUGCCUGCUCCCUGUUCCCUCAGAGAUGCUCUAUCUCUGUGUCGAAGCUGGAGCCGGAGCUGAGAGCCUCCAUCACGUCUCAGUACGGAGACUCGGUACAACGUGUCUACUUCAACAAAGGCCUCUGAGAGGGAGAGGGCGUCCGCUGCUAGCCACACGAGACCCAAAACAUGUGUCUUUAUGUCUUUAUCUUCUAAUUAUUAGUCAGGAUGAAGCCUUGUUUCCUUACACCAUCAAAUCGGUGCUUUUUUUGAUCAAUCAUGUUGCCUUUUUUUCUUUCUUUUCUUACGUUAAACAGAUACACGGGGCACUGUGUACUCCUGUUGAGAAACCAAAUGAUCUCCUCUCAGGAAAAGCACAUUACUUGGUCGUAAAUUCUUGUUAGUUUGUCCCUCGUGGUCUGACUCUAGCUGUUUGUCUGUGUCUGCUGCCCUGCGUUACAAUCUGUGCCUUCAACAAAGCAGCAGGAGCAACAACACGGCUGGAUCUUAUUUUCUUUUAACCAACGUUGGCUUUACUGUGAAACCAGAAAAGUACUUCUAUGCAUGGGUUUAACGGUCAUUCUAUGAGUGUGUGUGAGUGUGUGUGUGUGUGUGUGUGUGUGUGUGUGAGAGUGUGUGUGUAAGUUUCUGUGAUAAAAGUGGAGGAUACUGCCCUCUUCUGGAGUACGACUUGUUUGCAUGAUUUAUCUCAAAGGUUUACAAGUCAGAUUGUGUCGCUUUGUGUAAACUCAGACUCGCCCCACAAAUCCUCAGUAGAAGCUGGAAUAAAACCACACAAAUGUGUCAAAUGUA